AUGCUGUUGCUGGAUCUUCUUGCCAAAGACCCGCUCAGCCGCAUUCCCCGAACGUCCAACAACGAGGUUCGGUACUUGACGUUUAACGUUAACGGCAUCAAGACGCUUUUUAACUACUAUCCAUGGAAUCAGCUCCAGAACGACCAUGACGCCUUGUUUGAGGCUUUAGGCGCUGAUAUUGUGCUGCUUCAGGAACUUAAGAUCAACGGGGACGGCUUGGCGGCGACUGGGGUGUUGAAAAAGUAUAAGGCGUUUAUUCUGAUCCCGAAAUCGAGGAAAGGGUACUCUGGAGUGGGUCUUUUUGUUAGGAUCCCGGUUCUGACUGAUCCUCCUCACGUUCAGACGUGUCUUUCCGUGGUUAAAGCUGAGGAGGGUAUAACAGGGACUUUGCAGAACCCUGAGGAUAAGUCUCAGACGUAUGAGGACGCUGAGGAUGGAAUUGGUGGGUAUAUGGAUAUUGAAGAUAUCGAAGAAAUGAACAUGACUAUCGAGGAUCUACGAGCUUUGGACUCGGAGGGCCGUGCUGCUGUAGUGGAGUUGGCUUCUGGGACGGUGGUGUUUUCUUUGUACUGUCCGGCAAACUCGCUGGGCACGGAACAGGGCCAGAUCUUUAGAUUGCGGUUCUUGAAGGUUCUUCUUCGACGGUGCCUUAAAUUGAAGAGACUGGGGAAAGAGGUUAUUGUUAUGGGCGAUAUUAACGUAUCUUUGGACCUUAUAGACCAGGCUGAGGCCAUCAACGAAGGUAUCAAGGCGAAGUUGGUGACGAAUAACUUAAAAGAUGGCGGUGAGGAGUUUGAACGAGUGAAUGAAGAACCUUGUCUUGCUUUCAAGCUUGGACCGCAAAGGGGGCUUCUCCAGAAAUAUGUGAUCCCUACGAACCCAUAUACGAAGCCGCUAGAUAUCAGCUUUCUCCAUGAUACUACUAGAGUCGUACAGGGCCGCCGGUUGGCCAUGUAUACCGUCUGGAACACCAUGACAAACGCUAGACAGUCCAAUUACGGUUCAAGAAUUGACCUUAUUUUGGCCAGCUGCCAGAAAACCGUUGAUAACAUUGCCAGAGCUGAUAUUCUUCCUUAUAUCAAAGGCUCUGACCAUUGUCCAGUCUUCACAGAUAUUGAUGUUUCCUUUGUUACAAAACAGCCACCAGCUGAACAAAAGAAGCACAAGUUCGAAGCAAGAACCUUCUACAAGCUCGUCAAACACAGAGAUAUCUCUUCGAUGUUUGGAGGAUCAGGCACGAAACGGUCUGCCACUCCAGAAAGCGAUAAAAAAGAUUCAGAAAACAAAGACCCAAAGAAGCCUAAGCUUCAAUAUGUCAGUCGAAAGAAGUCCAACAACGCUCCGUCUUCACAGCAUAGUAUAAAGAAUUUUUUCUUUCAAGACAAGCCAACCGUUUCUAGUGAUAAAGAAGAGGAAAUUCCAACCCAGGAAGAUCCUCCAUCAACAGAAAACACUGUCAAGUUGGACUCCAUAUCGAAAUUGACAUCCCUUAUUUAUUCAGAUCCUCCCAAAUGUCGUCAUGGCGAGGAAUGCAUUCUCAAAACAAGUCUUACCAAUGCUACCAAAGGCAAGAAGUUCUGGUGUUGUCCUAGAACAUCCAAGGGCAGUUCAACAGAGCUUGGAGAGCAUAGAUGUGAGUACUUUGAAUGGGCUAAGACCAAAGGCAAAGCAUGA